AUGGCUGAAGUUGUCGGAGUUGUGUCUGCAGGCAUCGGGCUGGCUGCCUUCGCUCUUCAGGUCGCAGACAAGAUCGAACGCUUGAAGGACCUCCGUCAGUUUAAUAAAGGCAAGGCUGAAGAGGAGUUGGAAUUCCUCAUUCAGCGGUUAGAAGUGUUGCGAGCAAAUAUUCUGUCGUUUGAGACCGUCCAGGGGUCGAGCGCCGUGGACCGUGCUGUCAGCAACUGCCAGUUGGCAUACAGCAGCGUCGAUGAUAUCCUGCAGCGGGUUACCGGAAAGCUGACCCCGUUCGAAUCAUGGCAGGCUGGACAAAAGGUUAGCUCUGUCAUCAUUGAUCUCACUUGCUCAUACUCAGGCCGUCUCUGGACCGUAGAGUACACUCCUAUAUCCAUGUUCUCCAUGGUUUGCAACAACCUACAUUGGAGUGGAAGAUAUGCGCUUCGGCCAGCUCUCGCUAUUGAGAGAGUGGUCAAAUAUACAUCUCCUGGCUUUGAGGCUCUGUGGCGUUUUCGAAAGGGUCUGAUAUCUUUAUCCGAGACCAUGGAAAGAUUCCGAGAACUCAGAAGAUCCGAUCCAUCGCUCAGACAACACGUACAUCCAGGAGGUCGCAACUAUGUCGAGGAAGGUGAUCUAACACCGCAACAGGAACUGCUACACUACGGUCCGAAUGGAGUUAGAGGCCAAGUCCAGCAAUUCGAGCUUCUGGAAUUCUUCGUCCGCGAAUUGGGUAUGACGCUGGAAAAUGAGGAUCAGAGGUUCCUCGUCCGUUGCGCAAUGUGGAUCGGCGAAGGCCGGCAUCUUGAAUUGCUCAAGACAAUUCUCAACAACGGCUUUGACCCUGGGUGUAUUGAAUCGCCGGUCUACGAGGACUGGCCUGCCCGUUGUUCACCCAAUUGGGGCUCGGAACAGUUCACACCCGAUCCAUUCUUCAUCGAGUACUUGGCUAUGCUCGUCGAAGCUAGUCCGGGUUUUGCUGGAUCGACGCCGCUGCACGACGCCGUGCUCCUCGAGUCCCCAGCCUCUUUGGCUUCAUUGCUUUCUCGCUCAGCAUUACACAUGGAGAAGAACUUUCUGGGUCAGACCCCCUUACACUUGGGAGUCCGCAAUGUGGAAAUAGUCCACCUGCUGGUUGAGGCCGGGCAUCACAUAGAUAUCCCGGACAGCGAAGGAAUCACCCCGCUGAUGUAUGCUGCUGCGAUGGGCAAGACCGAUGUGGCCCAGCUACUCAUUACCCAAGGAGCGAAUCUUUUCAUGCGAGACCUCAAAUGGGAGCGUGAUUUUAUCGCAUAUGCAGCGGCCUGUGGAAAUUGGGAAUUAAUUAUGGACGCUCUCGGCACCAUCCAAACCUGCUACCCACCGAAGGCUUUCCAAUACUUCGUAUCUUGCGCUUUAAUGCGACUGUUGUCUCGUGAUACCUGGCUAGAGGACUCGUGGGGAAGUUAUUUCGCAAGACUUGUCGCCUUACUUGCGGAUACCAAUAUCAAAUUUCACGAUAGUUACCACGGCACGGGCGAUAACAAUCUCCUUCACUAUAUCUCGACUAAAGAAGACGCCUCGACCUUGGUUCAACACGGGAUAUGCCUGUAUGAGGGGCUCCCCAUUUUCUCAUCGGAUGGUUGUCGCUGCCCAUGCUCCCCCGAAGGGUGCUCUCUUCCUGCUGCCUUUCAUACUACUUUCGGGAAUUCCAUAUUCGGCGGUGGUGCCCCCAGCUCUGUGUGGGCACUAGAGCUAGUGUCCCUCGUUGAGGAAACCAGGGGCCCUGAGAACGCGCAGAAGUUGGUACUUGCAUUUCUGCGCAGAAUGAAAUCAGACCAACUUGGUUUAACCCAUGUAUGCUGCCAUCGAGGACAAGGCAUAAUGAGGGAAACUUCCCUUGAACACGCUGCAAUCCCGGAUGAUGAUGUUGACGAAAUCCUCGAAGAAGAGGAGGAAUUCAUUUCUGAGCUUGAAGAUGAUAUGUUGUCAUUGGCUUCGGAACCUUUAGAGUGCUUGAAAUCGAAAUGGAUGGUCAUGCUCCGAGACAGGUACUUCGAAGAAUUGGAAGCAUCUGAGAAGCGCAACAAGAAGACCGAUAAACUUGACGAGAUCAAAGGAGUGAGUCAAUUCCUCAAAAUGUACCAUGUCCAUUGCGAUUUAGACAUCAAUACCCGUCCAUCUGUGUCCGGCCGUAUGGCCGAAUACAUCGUCUGGCUGGAGCACCAGUACAGCAGAUUGAUAGACUCUGGAGACUCUGGAUGCCACAGAGAUACGUGGUACAGCAAAAGAUUGGCGUGUGUUUUCGAGUUCAUGCAAGUCAUCCAGAUUGACGCCGAGGAAAUUGUUGAUAGAGCCAACAACAAGAUCAAAUUCGUAUCCUGGGAGGAACCGGGCAACCCAGAUAAGGACCGCAUAUCUGAGCACUUUCUGGCCUCUGUGAAGAGGCUCGCAGCGAAUUCUUAA